AUGAAUCCUAUUCAAAUAUCAAAUAUGAGACAAAAAACAAGUAUACUUGAUAAGUCAAUUAGCAAAGGUAAAGGUGAAAUAAACAUGAACUGUUUUGCAUUGAUGUUUUCUGAACUGGUACAGUACUGUCAGGGGAAGGCACACACAGUUAAUGAGUUACAAAUGAGGUUGUCUGACUUAGGACAAGAAGUCGGUACCAAAUUGAUUGAUUUACAUUUCCUACGUGAAAAAAACAGCAAACGCGAGAUAAAAUUAUUGAAUAUGCUGUUGUUUAUUAAAUCUACAUUCUGGAAAAGUUUCUUUGGUCGUGAAGCUGACAAAUUGGAACAUUCAAAUGAUGAUGAUUCUACAUAUUAUAUAAUUGAAAAAGAACCAUUAGUAAAUAAAUUCAUUUCAGUUCCUAAGGAUAAAGGCAAUUUGAACUGUGCUGUAUUUGUUGGAGGCAUAAUUGAAGGAAUACUAAAUUCAUCUGGCUUUAAUGCUAAAGUCACUGCACAUUGGCACAAAGGUACUACUUACAUGGUAAAAUUUGAAGAUCACGUUAUAACAAGAGACAAACAAAUGGAUGAACGUUAA